UGAUCGAGAACGCGCACCGCCAGACCUCCGCUGCGGCUGCGUGCGCGCCCACGCGCUCCCUCAGGUGAAUGGAGAGAGGGAGAGCAGUCCUGCGUGCGUCUGCAGCCGAGCUCAAGUGACUAAAAUGGGGCUUCGCGGACUGAGCAGCACAGGGGUGUUCCUGACAGUCUGCCUUCUGUGGGUGACUGGGUGCUACACCCAAAAAGUUUACUUUGAUUGUGGAGCCAAGGUGGAUGUUGUGGAUGUGCAGGGCCUCGUUCUGUCCCCUGGCUUCCCAUAUAACUAUUCAUCUGGAACUCACUGUGUGUGGCAGUUCUUUGUACCUGUUGGUCACCAGCUGAUCAUGGAGAUGUUUGAUUUUGAUGUCUUUGAGAGUCACGACAGUGCCGUUGUGGACGAGGUACCAGACAAUGGUGGCACGCUGGCAUCGAAAAGCCUCGGAAGUCCAAAAGAACCCCAGUCCGCGCUCCGAGAGGACGUCAAGCAAGUGGUGAUCCAAGAACAGUCCACCAAAAUGGAGAUGACCAAAGUUUCCAAUUCUGACAAAAUGCUUUCCGAUGCACAAGCAUCUCUUCCAGUUGAAAACAGAAAUUCGAUUUCAUCUCAGGCAUCAAGAUCAUCCGUUGACUUUAUCUCAUCAAGCCCACGAAUGGCCACAGGAGCAGGUGACACUGUGAUUCCUGAGACCCAGUCACCUUUGUUUGACGCCUGUCCCCACGAUGUUCUCUACAUAUCAGAUCUCAUCACCUUCUCCUCACGAUUCUGCGGCUCUAGACGGCCUUCUAGCAGCCAGUUAGUGUUUGGAUCUGAUGAUGACAUGGUUGAGGUCAUUAUGGAGUUGAUUACCACUACCCACUGGGGCCGUGGUUUCGCUCUUCUUUUCCAUUAUCAGAAUCAAUCUCAAGCAGCCACAAGCGAACGUCAGAGAUCGCUAUUGACCUCCGACAGCAGAACUGGUGUUGUACUGCUCGGUGCUGUAAGUGGGACAGUUGUUUUUGCUGUGGCCCUUGCUGGUAUCCUCUGUGUGAUUUUCAGGCCGAAACUGUGCGCAAAGAGAGCUAAUGCUUCCUCUUCCGUCAGCUCAGAGGUUCCAGAAGGAGUGCUAAAUUCAGCGGCUGAUGUGAGUGAACUGCAGAUGGUUUCUCCCAAUCACUUGGAGCAGCAGCUGAGAACAGUGAACGACAACAACAACCUUCCCCUCAACCGCAGGCUGUCCCAUACAGGGUCUUCAGUAAAAGGAGCAUGUGACAUGUCCGAGAAGGCUGCUCUAGAACAGUUCUCCAGUGGUCUGACUGAAUUAGAAUUAGACACAGAUGAGGUUUUCGUCAUCGCCUCUGCACCCAUCUCAGCCAAUCUUCCCUUCUCUCCACAUACUCAACGAGAGCGUUUUCUGAGGCACAGUGACACGGGACCCAGCCGUCCCUUUGACUGGUCGAAUCCUGACCAAACGUCAACGUCUGUGACAAAGAGCAGCCAGGUCGGAUCGACAAACAGCACACGACCACGAGCAUGGAGUGUCCGAACCUUCCAGGAUCUCCUUCCUCCUCUUCCUCAACUCCAUAAGAAAUGGUGCAGCUGGAACUCUACCAGCCCAUUCACCAAGCUGGUGGACAGUGGACUCCCAAGCACAGCUAAAGUCUCAGGAAGGGGAAAGGUCCUAUCUGAUGCUCCUCUUCACAAUCCUGCCGACAGCUGCCAGUCCGACUCCUUCACGAGUAACGCCUCUUACCCCCUGACCGAACCGGCCCAGCGCCAGCGACGCCUCAACUCCACCAUCAACCUCAGACGCUCACGGUUCAAUGCUCCCUGCUUUGGCCUGCUCUCCGGCACAUCCGAGUCCUCCAAAGCACAAGCCAAUGGAAUUACGACCCCAAACAUGCUCUCAGAUACCAGCCAGCUGCAGGUCAAAGGUCAACUAUCAAGCGUUGAGGAUGACCACGUCACUGUACCCGUGUUUUCCAUCUCAGAAGAGGAAGACCGAGAGCCUCUAGUCUCAGAAGAGCAUCCCGAGAAGCUUUUGCAGAUGAACGGACAGAUGUUUGAAGGCACAAAGAUGCCGCUGCUAUCAAAAAGCCAAGCUCCCAGCAUCCAACCGAGCUCUUUAGUGAGGGGAGGCCGUUGUGGCGCGUCGGAGACACAGGAUCCUUCAGCUCUCUCUUGUUAACAGUGACUCUAGAAACAUAGUCUUCCAGUGCCAUGAAGUUUGAGUAUGAUGGUCAUGUGACCAAUUCAGCCAAUAUAUGAUCUCAACAGGACUGAAAACUCAGCUUAUGAGCUGCUGUUCCAGAUUAAAAUUUCAAAUGGGUUUGUUAUGAAUAUUGGCAUGAAUGAAAAAUUAAAGCACUUAUUGUUAUGCACAUUUAAUUUGCUAAGUAUAAAACCACCAUCUAACAGUAUAUUUUAUUACCUGCAAAUGUAUGUAUAAGAUAAACGUUUAACCAAGCUCAAUGUUUCUACUCACUACUGAGGUUUUGAGUUGUACAGUAAGUCUGUAUUGUUGCUUUUAUUGUGAAAUACAGUACAGCUUGUUCUAAUCCCUCUUGCAAUCUGUAGACAACCAGUUAGCUGGUCUGGUAGAAAGCCGCUUGGCAUCUCGCUUGACUUCCACGUUUAGUUUUUUGUAAUUCACUCUGGGUCCAAUUCACAUUUUGUACUGUUGAAAAGUUAGUAAAUCAUGUAUGAAUCGAAAUGGCAUAUAUUGUUAUUUCUCAAGGGACAUAACCACUGAAAAUUUCAUUUUGACGUAAUUUUAAUUACUAAAGUUACUGUUUUUCUACUUACUAUGUGCCUUGUGGCCAUCAUCUAUGCUGCUAAAUAUGCACUGAUGCAAUACCUGAAAUUGUGUAUACAAUCAUAUUUUUAUAGCAUUUCCAAUUUCAUAACUGUUUUCUUUAUAUGGUAUGUUUUCCUGAAUGCAGUAAUAUUGUCAACUGUACUGAUUAUGAUGGAUUUAUAAAGGGAACGGAUCACCGUACAGACAUUUAAAAUGCAGUAACUAACAUU